UUUUCCCCCUAUUGUUUCCCCGCCCAAUUUUGCGAUCGUACCUCCACUUCAAAACUCUCUCUUCUUCUUCUUCUCUCUGGUUUGCAAAAUGAAACCAAAACCCUAACAACCAGACCAAACCCAAGAAAUGGAGGUCACGGAGGAGCAGCGAAAGCGAGCGGAGUCGAACCGCCUCGCCGCCCUAGCCAAACGCAAGGCCCUUCUAGAAUCUUCCUCUCACCACCACCACCACCACCAACAACCGCCGCCGCAAAAUCCGUGGAAGCUCUUCAAGUGCCGAAAGCUCUCCCCCGAACUCGCUUCCAAUACCACUACCAAGACCGACGCCGCCGAAUUCUCCAAACCAAGGCCCGAACCUACUGUUCUAUCCAACCCGGUUCCGUUGCCGCCGCCCCGCCCGCCCGAUAAGUUCCGGGUCAGGCUCGAGAUAUGCUCGCCCGACUCGUUCUUUGCCGCGCCCGAACCCCUGCGGGACUUUGCGUAUCCCGGAGACGACCAGUGCUUGCAGAGAAUCACCGAUUGCUUGUCCAAUGUCAUGCCAUCGCACUUCACACAAAAUCACAGAGGUGGGAAGGCGUGUGUUUAUAAGCUAGGGGAUUAUUAUUCUAUUUUGAGAUGUUUAAAGAGUUGGAAAAGCGUUGAGGUUGAAGAGAUACCUUGGGGGACAUUUAAUGUUAUCGAGAGGCUUUCUCAUUCCUUUAUUGCUGGAAGGUGGUUACCAUGCAGGCCAGAACACUUGUCUGAUGAGCAGGUUGAGGAAUUGAUUGGGAAGAUGCCAAAGACAUUGCAUGAUACGCUCUUGCCCUUCCAAUUUGAUGGUGUGAGAUUUGCUUUGCGGAGGGGUGGUCGGUGCCUUAUUGCAGAUGAAAUGGGCCUUGGAAAGACACUGCAGGCUAUUGCUAUUGCAAGCUGUUUCAUGAAUGAAGGUUCUAUACUUGUUGUUUGCCCCGCUGUUUUGCGCAUUCCAUGGGCAGAAGAAUUGGAACGUUGGCUUCCCUUAUGUUCAACUUCAGAUAUCCAUCUUGUUUUUGGUCAUCGAGAUAAUCCUGCCCAUUUAAAGAGAUGCCCUAGAGUUGUGGUUAUUUCUUACAAAAUGCUUCACCAUUUGCGGAAAAGCAUGCUUGAUCGUGAAUGGGCUUUAUUAAUAAUUGAUGAAUCUCACCAUGUUCGGUGUUCUAAGAAAGCGUCUGAACCAGAAGAGAUAAAAGCUGUCCUUGAUGUGGCUAUGAAGGUCAAGCGAAUAGUUCUACUAUCUGGGACACCUUCUUUGUCGAGGCCAUAUGACAUUUUUCAUCAGAUAAACAUGCUAUGGCCUGGUCUACUGGGAAUGAACAAAUAUGAGUUUGCAAAAACUUACUGUGCUGUUAGAGUUGUCCGUGAUUCUCAAGGGAAGUUUUAUCAGGAUUUCUCAAAGGGAAUUCGCUUGGAAGAGUUGAAUGUGUUACUUAGGCAAACUAUUAUGAUAAGACGUCUGAAGCAACAUCUGCUAGUGCAGUUACCACCUCUACGCCGGCAAAUUGUAAGAUUGUUGUUGAAGAGUUCAGAUAUAGUUUCAGCCAAGGCUGCUGUUGCUGAAAAAAAAGUGGUGAAUAGGGAUACUGAUGCUUCUGGAAAAAGUGUUGCUGAAGAUAUGACUUCGGAAAUUUUUAUUGAAGUUGAUGGUAGUGGGAAUCGUUGCAAAUCAGGGAAGCUCUCCUACGAAGAACUUGGUGUUGCCAAGCUCUCUGGGUUUCGUGAUUGGCUUUCCCUUCAUCCACUUCUUGCAGAGUCAGAUGGUGUGGAAGAUUUGGAUUUACACCCCAGUUCUCAGAGGAUGAUAAUUUUUGCACAUCAUCAUAUGGUCCUUGAUGGAAUACAGGAAUUUAUAUGUGAGAAGGGGAUCAGUUUUGUCCGCAUUGAUGGAAAGACACUUGACAAAGAUAGGCAAACUGCUGUACAGACUUUCCAAUCAUCAACUGAGGUUAAGAUUGCAAUAAUUGGUUUAACUGCUGGAGGUGUUGGACUUGAUUUUUCGUCAGCGCGAAAUGUCGUGUUCUUGGAGUUGCCUAAGGACCCAUCAUGGAUGAAUCAGGGUGAGUCUAGAGCUCACAGGCGAGGGCAAAAAAGAGCAGUCAACGUGUACAUUUUUUGUGCAAAGGACACCAUAGAUGAGUCACAUUGGCAAAAGUUAAACACGAGUUUACGUCAGGUUUCAUCCACAACAGAUGGAAAAUAUGAUGCCAUACAAGAGAUACUGGUUGAAGGUAUCUCUUAUUUGGAAACAUCUGGUGAGACUGAUAGAAGUUGUGAAGAUCAGAUUUUGGGGAAAGCAGCAUGUGAUACUCUCUCUGCAGAGACAAUGAAGUUGCCAGACUCUGGCUCAGCUGAGGAUUUGUGGCCGUUUGAAGCAUCUGGUGAAGUAGCUCCAAAAAUAAGUGAUAGAUUUGAAGAACUUUGCGUAUCUGAUGGUGGAAGUUCAGGCGAAAAGGAUGACCUCCACAAUAAUGCUCAUAUGGUUUCCGCUACGGCUAUAAUUAAAGGUCCAGUUUCAAAGGGAACACUGGAAGAUUCUGACGCUGAAAUUGGAAGUGCUGGCAAAGUCUCUCCUUGUAAGCUGAAUGAGGGCAGCAAAGAUACACGGAGACAGGAAAAGUUCAUAAUGCAGGAAUUCACAUUCCACCCUCCAACAGUAGUAGAUGAUGUUAGACCUGUUCAGCAAAUUGAAACUAAUGAAAGCUGCUUUGACCAAGUAGGCUUUUUGCGGUUUGAGGUGAGCCAAUAUACUGGGAGGAUCCACUUGUAUUCUUGCAUUCCUGGGACAGAUCUGAGACCAAGGCCACUUUUUGAGAAUUUCCGACGGGAGGAACUUGAUUCUCUUAAUUCUCAAGCUGCUGAGAAUAACAAAGGAGCAACAAUCAAGGGCAACCCAUCAUAUAGGCAUAUUCUUAUGGCGUUUGUUAACGAGUGGAAUAACUUAAGGCCCAUCGAACGACGAAAGUUAGUCGGGAAACCUUUGCAACUUCCCCUGGCUGUUGAGUUGGGCUACUUGAGUGAAGGCAUUAACCACAACAAUGGGGGACUGCUCAAGGGUGGAAGCAAGCGACGGACUACACCUUUAUAUGAGAUUAGUCAGCCUUUACCAUCAAAUGCUGUGUGGAAAAAGGUUAAUUUAUGUAGCAGCUAUGGCAAAAAGGAGAAGGAAUACACCCAGGGUUGGACACUGACAGAUGAACCUCUCUGUAAACUCUGUCAGGAACCAUGCAUGGGCAACAAUGCCAAGACACCAGAAUUUUUUGAGGAUCUUUUUUGUAAUCUAGGCUGCUACGAAGAAUAUCGAUUAAGAACUAGCAACCAAUCCAUCCGUCAGGGUCUUUUUGAAAUAGAACAUGGUGUCUGUACACAUUGCCAGUUAGACUGUCAUAAGCUUGUGAAGCACAUAAGACCUUUAUCAUUGGCAAGACGACAAGAGUACAUUGAGAAAGUAGCACCAAAUGUGGCUAGGCGAAAGAACUUGCUUGAUAAGCUUGUUAAUGAUCCCACUGAGGGCAAUGCAUGGCAUGCAGACCACAUUGUUCCUGUCUACCGAGGAGGAGGCGAAUGCAGACUAGAGAACAUGAGGACUCUUUGUAUUGCAUGUCAUUCUGAAGUUACAGCAGCACAAUGUGCUGAACGACGCUCAACAAGGGCCAAAGCUAAGAAACAACUCAAAGUUAUUCUGAGUGAACUCAGAAAUGUUCAGAGCACCAAAGGGACAAAUACCAAUUCUGAGGCCCACGGGCAUUUACAGAAACAGGAGAACAUUUUGGAGGAUGAUCUUUUGGUUAAUGUUCCUGGCAGUGCCUAUUCUGGAGAGAAAGGUACAAUUACUGGGAAUGAAGUCUUGGAAGAGUACAAAUCUCAGUAAUCCCUAUGAUGUAGAAGCUCCUGCAAGUAGUAUCCUAGAUGUCUGGUGUAUCAUUGUACCACAGUUUCAACUCAAAUAUUUAUUUUUUAUUGGCUACUCUGGAGGAUGGGGGUACUGGAAGUGAGACUUAAAAGUGUCCCAAAGAAGGAUGGUAUGCAUAUCCUAACAGUGAAGCAUCUGCAAGCAAGAUUCAGUUCAUACAUUCUCCAACUCAUCAUGCCUUUCCAUUGUAUUAUUGUACAAAUAGUUCUAAAUGUAAGUUUGAGAGAAUUAUUUGUAGGUUUAACAAUCACUGCUACUUGAGCAGAUUGAGUUGUGUUCAGUUGCCCUGGCUUGAUUUGUUCCUAUUUUUUGGAUAGAGCUAUUAAUAUCAGAUGAUUUUGAAAACUUCAAGAGAACUAGUUACAGAAAUUAUGACUGCAUGUAAUCAAUUCUUGAGAGGAAAACACAAGACAUUGUUACUUUUGA